CACGGUACGGAAAAACGCUACCUAAACGACACCCACCUCGUAUUGUAAUAUCCAAUUCUAACAUGCACAUCAUACCCUAGAUUUCAAAGCGCAUGCGCCCAGUGUACAAUGAGACGUCCAACAUCUUGUCGAGAGUGUAGGAUUGCAAAACGGAAGUGCACUUCCAACUUCGCAAGCAAACACGACGCCUGUCUCGAGUGCAAGUCACGAACAAUGAGGUGUUCAAACACGAAUACACCAGAAACAAUUCUAUCAAUACCGACUAAUCACUCAACCUCACACCUUGAACGCUUGAUAACGUCGGUGGGAGCUGACCCACAACUCGACUCUGAGUACUCGAGCAAGAUCUGGAAGUUCGUAAACCUUUACUUUCGAUACAUUCACGACCGGCCCCAUAGUCUUUUCCACGAGCCUUCGAUAUGGAAAUCCCUUCGCACACGUUCAUUGCCCGAACAGCUGUGGGCAGCUAUGUGCGCUCUUGGAUGUCGAUUUUCAUCAGAUCAAAACGAUCGAGAUUCAGCCCCUGUCUUCGCAGAGAAAUCAAGGUCGGUACUCGGCCAACAGCUUGAUCACAUGACUCUUGAGAACAUUCAAACGUGUAUACUACUUGCCAACUGGUACGCCGCAGUGCAGAAAAAUGAUCUAGAAGCCAUGUAUUUUGGUAUCGCUACUCGCACCGCGCUUCUGACAAACAUUCAAGAGCGGAAUAAAGAGGACUCGUUGAUUUUGCAAGAAAUCAAACUUCGGACCUGGUGGUCAUUAGUGAUAGCAGACAAUUGGUGCCCUCCCGGACUUGGAAUUCCACGCACAAUCCGUGCUGACCUCACGAAGCUGCUGCCAAUGGACGAACUCGCUUUCCAGCGACUUGGAACCUCAGACCAAGCUCGUGAUGGCGGCCGCAGCACAGGUAUAUGGGCUUAUCAGGCAACUUUGGCAAGCACAUUCGCACUUAUUCAAGACACCAACUACAUACUGGUCGCGAAUAAAAUUGACCAUUUGGCAGUCGGCCAGAUCGAGCUGGUCGCCCAACGAUUACUUGAUUGGCAUGGCUCACUCCCUGACAAUAUGGUCAUGAGCAAUAGCAACCUCGAUACGUACAGGAAGAUUGGUCACGGUGGCACCUUUAUUGCGUUACAUUUCGGCUACCACUACUACUCAACAGUACUCUACUUCCAGUUUCUUAAUCCAAGCCAUCAAGAAAUCAAAGAAGCUGGCACGUACGCAAGUAGGGCCAAACAUCACGCUCUGGCUUUCAGCCGUCUACUCCAUACUGCUCGGACCUGUGGAGAUUGCCACGUCGUCUAUUUAACUGUCGCGCAGCUUACUAUUGUGUCAUCAUCAGUGCUGCUACACUCUCUCCUCUUUGGCAAUGACCCAGAAAUUGAAGAGGCACGUGCGCAAUUAACAAUGAACUUCGAAGCACUUGAAGAGUUGGCGAUGUAUUGGCCGUGCGUUCAGCGUAUGAAGGAGAGAUUAUUCGUGUUCCAGAACCAAUGCCUCCACGAAUCGGCAGGAGAUGCCUUCGCUCUAAACAGAUGGACCAUCAGAUUUUUGCUGGAGCACGCACUUCCGUUCAAAGAGACAUUUGCUGAUUGCAAAGUUGCCUGAUUGGGCAGAUCGUGGCAGUCGUGAUCUGAUGAGUGUUUGACAAGCAACAUGCACACGAGCUUGGACAAGCCAUUGCGCUACGGUUGAAAAUCUGACCUCGUACACUCGCAUCC